GGCCUUUGCCAUAUAGGAAUUGUUUUUUUUUAUAGAAUAUAGAACCAGGCAGGCUGAAACACCAAAAUGAGCACCUACCAGCAAAGCAGCGAGGGGAAAUUUAUCCCGGCCACAAAGCGUCCAGAUGGCACCUGGCGCAAGGCGCGUCGUGUGAAGGAUGGGUAUGUGCCCCAGGAGGAGGUGCCGCUGUACGAGAGCAAGGGCAAGCAGUUUGUCGCCCAAAGACAGACUGGAGUGCCGCCUGGCAUGUGUCCCAUUCUAGCGGCAGAGUCAAAGAAGGAGCGCGAGAAGCAGGAGCGGACGAAAACAAAGAAGCAGGACAAGAACAAGGAAGGAGUUGACUCAAGUGGCCCCAGUGGCCCCAGUGGCGGGUCACCGCUUAAGGUUGUCCAACCGUCGUCUGACAGCAAGAUCACCAAUGUCAAUGGGAUAACAAACGCUCUGGAGGAUAAAUUGAAGAUCAGCUUGCCCGAAGAGGUCGAUACUGAAAAACAAUUAAAAAAGCUUCGCAAGAAAAUCCGCGAAAUCGAACAAAUCGAGAGCAGGAUUCAGGCCGGCGAGCAUAAAAAGUUGGACAAAGACCAGCUCGACAAGGUGAAAAAGAAAGCCGAAAUCCUAAAGCAGCUAACGGCAUUGGAGAACAGCAGUGAUAAUGCGCAGCCACAGUCACAAUCAUAGCGAAAUGUUGAACUCAACUCUGCCUCUGCCACCAGGCAUUUCUAAUGCUAAAAUUUAAGUUUAAAGAAAACACACUGACCUGAUGAUGUCGCGUCGCUCUGCCCGAAAACACUCACACACACACACACUCAUUUAUGCCUGUUAAAUAGUUCUACAUAUUAGUUAUAGCUUAAGAAAUGCCAUUUUAGAAAUAUGUAUCAGAUAAUUGUAUCAUUGUAUCUGUCUUUAAUGUUCAGUUCAGUUCAUUUGAUUUGAUUUGAUUGAAGGAAUCACCGGGUGUAUUUGUGUAGGAAAACAACAUUGUAAAUCAGAUGUAAUAAAUCUACCUUCUUUUAUUGAU